CCGUACACGACGCACGUCACAUGAGCGCCGCUUCUUUCGACGCACUGAUUGCCAAAACCGCCAGCACCGCCGUGCCAUCCCUGUGCACGGGUUACGUGUACAACCAGCCCGAGAAGAACUCGAUCAUCUGGAAGAAACGCUACUGUGUGCUUCAGGAAAACUCGUUGUACAUUUUCCACUAUGAUAGUGCUGAAGCUGCCGCCAAAGGCGAGCUCAAGGGAAAGAUCCCGUACUCGUCCGUGCACGACUGGGAAGGCAAACCUCAUGGAUUUCAGUUUUACACCCCCACGAACAAGUGCUAUAAGGUGUAUACCGACACAGAAGACGAAAAGGUCAAAUGGAUUGCAACGAUGCAAAAGCAAUUGGACGACGCCCCUGAAAUUCCCGAUGGCGAACAAGUGCCGUACGCGCGCUUUGGCGCGUCGUCCCCGACGGGUUCUCCUCGACAUGGCGGGCACCCUACCAUUUUGAACCGAUCCAACCGCAGUGAUUCUUGGCGCGGUGAAGAAAUUGACGUGCCUACGAUGUUGCUUGAGCUUGAAGACUUGCGCAGCGAAGUUUCCACGCUUCGUUCGGAGUUGGUGUUGUUUCAAAAGGCAGAAAAACACGGCGAACAUCGUCGUCCUGGCGGUGCACGCAACCGUCGCGGAAGUGUUUUGGAUGACGGGACGGCGAUUGCACUGGAGCCCCGCGAAUUGGAACGCAUGAAGCAGAUCUUUUCGUUGUUCGACCAGGACAACAGCGGUCGCGUGAACGCUGCUGAUUUGAAGGAAUUACAUCGUCGCCUUGGUGAACCCAUCACGGACGAAGAAGCGAACGAAGCGCUUGCGUUCAUGAGCCCUGUCGACGGCACGGUUGAUUUUAUUUCAUUCAUGAAAUGGUGGAACGAAGACCACAAGCAGGAAGCGUCGGCGGCAAUUCAGCGAUACCAAGCCAAGUUCAAGUUUCUCAAGGCUCGCGUGGCGAACCCUGCAAUCGGGAACAUCGAAACCGAGAUGACUGGACCGUGCCCGUCGUUGGACUUCCGCGUCAACUUUGUCUACCACAACCGCGACGGGUCUAAAGUGCGCAUUUCGCCGUGGCACGAUAUCCCGUUGUACAACUCGGACGGGAGCGUCAACUUUGUGUGCGAAAUUCCCAAGUGGACGCGCAAGAAGUUUGAAAUUGCGACGGGUGAACCAUUCAACCCCAUCAAGCAGGACACAAAGAACGGCAAGCUGCGCGAGUACGGGUGGGGCGACAUGAUGUUCAACUACGGCGCGCUCCCGCAGACGUGGGAAGAUCCGGACCAUGUGACGGAAGGCACGGGUUGCGGCGGUGACAACGAUCCCCUCGAUGUGAUUGAAAUCGGCACCAAGCAAUGGCAUGUUGGGUCGAUUGUGCAAGUCAAAGUGCUCGGAGUGCUGGCGCUGAUUGACGACAACGAAACGGACUGGAAGGUCCUCGCGAUCAACGUCGAAGAUCACUACGCGUCCAAGAUUCACGACGUCGCCGACAUCGAAGCACACAUGCCGGGGUGCAUUUCGGCCAUCCACGACUGGCUCCGUGACUACAAGCUGCCGCACGUGAACGUGUUUGGGUACGAAGGCAAGUGCAUGAACCGCGACUUUGCCGAGAGCGUCGUUGCGGAAACCCACGAGUUCUGGAAGAUGCUGGUCGACGAACGCGGCAACGCCGCCACCGUCUGAGCGAGCGAUGGCCCCGAUGGCGUUCGUGGUGUUCGACAUACAACAAGGAAUACACUCACCCGAUAACGAAGAAAUCGACUAGUUUAUCUUGAUACGUUGACUAGGAGCGUUUGAUAAAGUCGUGGUAAAAUACGAGGACAAUCGCGACGAUGAGCACCAG